CAUCACCAUUCGCUCCUUGAAUGCGCACGGGUCAAGGCACUGUCACCCGCCAUGGUCAAGUUGCGUGUUGCCGCAAGGAUCCUCUCGGAAGACGACUACCUCAAAAGUCUUCAAGGAUCCGCCAAUUCCCCCGUCAAAGGCGAGAAGCGGCUGGUCGUGGUCGUGCGGGAGCCGUACAAAUGGCAGAUCGGAACUCUGGCUCUCGAGGUGCAGAGAGCGUACCAGAGCUGCUACCAACUUGAGCUCCCGACCAUCAAGUACCUCAAGGACAACGAAGACGACUGCGAUCUGGACCCUCGAGCAUACGUGUCGGAUCUCCUCUUGGACGAAGGCAAAGCCCAAGUCGAUGCUUCCGAUCAGCGCGUCACGAUCAAAGUCAUCCUGGAGCAAGGUCGAGCCCUGCGAGAAGGAUCUGUCGCAAUUGGUAGUCAGUUGGACGACCCCCGAUACCAAAUCCAGCUCGAGAAGAGUUCGCGUCCGCCCGUUCCCACAUUCCCUACUCAGCCUUCCUCACUGGGCAAACGUCCAUUUCGUAUCGGCGAUGACUACGCUUCGACAGCGACGGCGAGCAAGAGGCCCCGACAUGUCGAGAUACCAGAGACGCAAAGAGAAGAUCAAACUCCAGUCUCAUCGAUUGAACAUGAGGACGUCCAAGGGUCAUUCGAGCUGGUGGAGGGCACGCAGUUUACAAACCCAGACCAAGACUUGGGAGCACGGCAGACGCUCGUCCGGCCGAAACAAGAGUCCCCCGAACUCCGGAGGUUGCUGCAGAAUGUCGCUCCAGCGACACUCGACGAGCUGGAGGAGCUGGCAGAACGCCCCGCAACCUUUGGGUCCAACAAGAGACAGAGAAAUGGUUCGGCAUAUCCCCAUGACUUUCGUCAAUCGCAUCAACCGAACGGUGUCCUGCCAUCGAUUGAUUCUUUCGGACGUCUUCGAAAGGGCUCCCAAGGGCCUAUCACACCCCCCUCGGAGACGUCGAGAAGGCUUUCGACUUCUGUGAGCCACCAGAUCGAGCGCUCGCUAGAGGCCGCAAAUUCCACUGCUCGGCCGGCACCGGCAUCGGCCAACAAGUUUAAGAGACGUGACGUUUACGACUACCCGGAGUCGGAUAUUGACGACUCCCAAAUGUCCCCGCGAUCACGACAAGCACAGCUGGGCAGCCGACGGCCAAGAGACGGUUUAUCACAUAUUGAGCGUCUACAGUCUCCUCGGGAACACGAGGCAGGCGACAACGGGCUCAGCAUCAGUCAAGCCAUUGAUGCUCUGGAUGACGAGUCUGUAUUUGAAGACACCCGCUCCAUCAUUCAGCUGCCAGUACCACCGACUGCCUUCAAGACGAACACCAGGUCCGCUGACGAAAUUGAAAACAGUAUCUAUGAAGAUGCAGAGACGGGAGACGCGGAACACUCGGGCCUCAUAGAUACGAAUACGUCCAAGGAAACAGAACGCACGGAAGCCGCAAAGCCCGGACAGGUGAGCGAGGAAGACAAAGAAAACGGACCAUUGGUUGUGAUAUCUACAACACCCCGCAAGGAUAUUGCAAAGGAUACACUUGCCGGAGAUGCUACAUCGGGAAGACGGGGCGAAAUUCAUGGUGCCAAAUCCACCGGCUUGUCAAAAGAUGACCCGGCUCGCGAGACUCGACCUCAGGCAAAGAGGGUUCGGAAACGGAAAUCAGACACCUUCAGCGCGGAGGGCAGCCAGCAAGGGUUUGUAGAGGGACCCGGCCAGUCUAUUCAGGUUGACGCAGAGAAACAAUCUAAGAAAGCCUCAAAACGUAGCAAGAAAACUCAGGGAUCGCAGAGGCGGGCGACUCUCGACAGUCCCGGAGAGCAGUUAUCACGGAAUCUGCGAGAAUCGACGGACGACCAAAUACCCAUGGAUGCUGUGUACAAGAGACUCGGAGGAGCACAGCAGAAAACUGCGUUGACGACUCCUGCAAAAAAGACACCACACAAGCCGGAGAAAGAUGCCGAGGGGCCCGGUUCUGUGGUAUCGCGUUCUACGACAUCCAAGAAAGAUACGACAUCCACGACACCUUCCGAGCGAGUCAAGAAUAAAAAGUCGCUGGAGAUGCCAGCAGUUGCGAUGGGGCGUCCAGAGAUGGCUGCGGCCGGCUCUUCGCCCACCAUCGUUCUUCGUGCCACGCAACAAGACCAUGGGAAUGCCAACUUACUUACGAAGCCCCUUCCGAACUGGGGCUCUGACCGUGCUGCAGUUGACAAGCGGGGUUCUUCGGUCACAGUCGUGGUGGGCGGAGCGAGAGAUGACAAGCAGGCCGACUCAGGGAAGAACUCAUCCUCUGGUCUGGGGUUGACCCCGGAAGAGAUCAAGAUCAUGGAAAGUCGCAAAGGGAUGACGAAAGAGCAAUAUGAAGCAGACAAGAAGCGGAAGCAAUUAGAGGCGAAGAAAAAUGCCGAAGGUCAGAGGAAGCAAGGGGCCGCUGCAAAGAAGAAACCCACCACCGACAAGUCAUCAGUGGACAAAAGCACGGCGGCACACAGGUCCAAGACCCCGGAACCAAAAACUGCCCCAACAUUGACGAAGAAGACGCCUAAGAGUCUUUCCAUUGACGAUGAAUCGCCCACGCAAAGCGACAAGACGAAAAGACCAGAUGCGGCCAAGAACUCCGAAGAACCGAGGGAAGGAACAAACCCGUCUAGCCCGGGCGAAGCAAACUCCAUAAGGCGAGAGUCAUCCACCACGAGCUUAUCAAGAGUCCAGGUCGCAGGACACAAAGUGACGCCGAAGACGCCCGCAAAAGCACCCCCAAAAUACCCGUCUGUCAAGUCGUCCACGGUCAGCAAGACGCCCAAACCCAGCGUCCGCGCACAGACGACAGAGAGCGCCACGAGCUCUUCUGUGGCCAGGAAAUCCACGCCAGCGCCAGCCGCAAAGACGGAGUCGAAAGUGGGAAAGACGCCGGCCAAAACCCCUCAGGCGAGAAAGCCCACGCUAGAAACCGCCAAGCGCCUGAUCGAUCUCCACGAGGUGGUGCGCAGCGCAAACAAGGCGAGCAAGGCUGUGGCAGGCAGUGUCCUUGCGCGUGUGAACCCAGCCGCACAGAGGCAGAAGCCGUCCGUCUUCAACGUCGACGACGACGACGACGACGAUGAUGACGAGAGUGACGAAAGCGAAGACGACGACGAAGAGGAGGUAAAGGUUGUUGCGGCGAUCCGCAAGACGCCUCUAGCGGGGAGCCAGAAGCAGAAUCAUGACAAUAGCAACGACAGUAGUUCCUCGACCUCAUCGUCUUCAUCGGAGGAAGUCGGCACGAAGGCCAGCGAGAAGAGCACCACCGGGAACAGAACGAGUCAAGCAAAGGGAAAAUGGUUCGGUCGACCCGCGCCGAGUAAGCGGGAUCCGAACGCCUCGUCGGAUGAGGAGGAGGAGGACGACGACGACACCAGUUACAGCGACGAAGACAAUGAUUAGGAUGACGAGUUGUAGGCCUGAAUACAUUCCUCCUGGUGGUGGUGGUCGUCGUCGUCGUCACGAGGUUAGGUUAGACGGAGGCCUGUUGUUUGUACCUAUGUACCUACCUGUGUCCAGCGAACGAGCGAGCGUUUUGGCCGUGGGAUAUCCUGAGAUUAAGGACACUGGAACCUGCAUAGUCUCGGACUUUCUCGCCCUUCGUACUAUUCGAUGCUCGAUGCUCGAUACUCGAUACUCGAUACUCGAUACUCGGUA